AUGAAAAAUAAAGGUCAACCAAUUGAUUUUGUUGCUCAGCCGUUUACUCCCGCCGUCAAUAACAUUGAGACAGUAGUCGUCAUAGUUAGUGAACUUGCUCAUCAACUUGGCGCCCGUCUCACUUUUACCGAACAAGCCUUUCAAUACGAUGACAGUGACUAUCGAACAGCUUGUGGAGUAGGUAAUCUUGGUAGUAUUCAUUCGAUGAUUGCAGCAGGGGAAAAUCUACAAACAGCCAAAUUUAAAUUACAUUUGAAACUCAACUAUGAUGAUAUUACAUCGUCCGCCCAGAGCCUACGAGAUUUCACUGUCACAUUAAUUAAUGAUCUUGUUGCUAAUGUCGGAUGUAAGAAAGAGUUCAUCAGAGUGUUUUCGAUUAGUCGUGCAUCUUCAAUCAUUGUCGAAUGUGGUAUAACAACGCCAGAAUUCGAAGAAACGAAAAAGUUUGCUGAACAGCUAAAGCAUAAAUUGAAUCACCUAUCACCUAAACAACAACAGAAAAUUUUGCAAUAUUUAAUUCCAGAACCUUAUAAUUAUAAGUUGGAGACAGCACCCACCUUUUUGCAAUUGCAAGAAUCAGAUUUUGAUCCUCGAUACAAUCGUGAUUAUCCUCAUGCUGAAGAAGAAAAGCGAGGCGGACGACCAUACUAUUUUCCACAAGGAUGGUAUCGUCAUGCACUGAACGUUGAAGGUAAAUAUCCAAACGAUCGGUUGUGGCUCGGCAUGAAUAAUUCACCCGGAGAGUGGAUCGUUGCCUAUCAUGGAAGACAAGCGGGUGUUGUCAAAAAUAUUAUAAAUACGGGCCUACAGCACAAAUUUGUCGCCACGGAUGUUUGUAAAGAUGAAGCAAAACAUCAACGGCCUUCUGUUCCCGAUGUCAAAGGAUUGUAUGUUGCAACACAUUGUGAGCGAGGUGCUGCAGAUUAUGCUAAUCCAGGCUUCAAAAUCGAAGGCCCACCAGGCACCUUCAAAACAUAUUACAUUGUAUUUCAAUGUCGGGUUCAGAAUGACAAAUUUACAGAACACCGAAGUCCAGUCCGUGAUGGAUUGGCAUUACGAGUGUUCGAUGAAAAAGCAAUCCGUCCCUAUGGUCUACUCUUGAAAGCAAAUUAA